UCGGUGCCGUAUUGACGAAGCAACUUCAUGUUUUUCCAGUGGAGUCAGUCGAAGGCGAGUCGCGCAGGGAAACAUGUCCAACACGGCGGAAGACGGACGGGGAGGAAGUGUUGCCAAUGACAGCGACCCAGCGACAGACAGGGCGGGUGAGCGCUUCGCAUCUUCGACACGUCCCGAGCUCGGCCGCUUGUUAGAGAGUGAAGCAGGACAAGGACCCAAGGGUGACUCGAACCGAAGCAAAACAGUCACGGAGAACCUGACGGAGACCGAUGCCUUUAUCAGAAGCUCUUUAGCUCUGGACCCUGCAGAGGAGUACAAGAUGAACAACAAGCGGCGAGGCCUUGCGCUCAUCUUUAACCAGGAGCGUUUCUUCUGGCGCCUGGGGUUGAACGACAGGCACGGAACCAACGCUGACCGCUACAACUUGGAGAAAAGACUGAAUGACCGGGGAUUUGAAGUGAAGAGUUACGAUAACUACAAAGAGGACGAGGUCUUAGGAAUAAUCAGAGAUGCUGCCGGGGCCGAUCACUCUGACGCAGACUGCUUUCUGCUCGUCUUCCUGAGCCACGGGGAGAACGACCAUGUUUAUACCUACGACGGCAAGAUCAGCGUUCAGGACAUCACGUCCAUGUUCAAAGGAGACAAGUGCAGAAGUCUUGUCGGAAAGCCAAAGAUCUUUGUAUUACAGGCAUGCCGUGGAGACAAGCACGACGACCCGGUGUCCCCCUGCGAUGCCGUGGACAGUGAACUAAAUGAGGUGGUGGUGGACGCCAGUGCCGUAUACACCCUCCCUGCUGGAGCGGAUUUCAUCAUGUGCUACUCUGUGGCUGAAGGCUACUAUUCCCACCGAGAGACCAUCAAUGGAUCCUGGUACAUCCAGGAUUUAUGUGAGCUGCUUCAAAAGUAUGGAGAUUCCCUUGAAUUCACAGAGUUACUCACGCUGGUCAACAGAAAAGUGUCGAUGAGGAGCGUUGGGAACUCUAGUGACCGCAACUCCAUUGGGAAGAAGCAAGUACCUUGCUUUGCUUCAAUGCUCACCAAGAAACUAUACUUCCGACCAAAAAAGUAACCGUUACUGCUCUCAGUCAUUGAACGAGCUGGUUUUUUAAUUAUAGCCUGUGAAACGGGGUCUGUCGAAGAAAGAUUUUAAAUGACGUUUUUCCUCUAGUCCAAUACUGUAUGUUGUUCAUGAACAUUAUAAUUUACAGACACCCUCUAUAACUUAGCUGAUCUACAGGUUGAGUCGUUCAAAUCAAAUCAGUGGUUAUAAGAUAAAAGGAAUGUGUAUUUCCGUGAACUGAAGGAGUAUGAAUAUCCCCUGAAACCUCAUUUCAUUCAAAAUGGUGGUUUCAGUUAUUAUAUAAAUUUUCCCUCUAGAGAAUUUCCAAAUUUCUUGCCUGGGUAAAAAACCAUGACAUUGUUCACAUAAAGUUUUUUUUUUUAUGUUUGCAUCUGCAUGACAGAGAAUAAAGACGAUGAAAAAAUGAAUGGCAUCGGUAGAGAGUAGAGGCAAUAUCUGAUUACUGAACAGCAAGGGCAUUGCAACAGGGUUGCCUUUUUGCCUGGGGCAAAAACCCUAAGAUCCAGAAUCCCUUGAAAUUCAGGGUUUUUUUCUUGACUAGUUUUCUAUCGCGAAUCUUGUUUCUCGUGUGAAUGUAGACAUACAGUAGGUAAGAUUAGGUUGUAAUCCAAUACAACAGCCCUGUAGCAAUCGAAGUGAAAUAAUUUUAUUGGAGGACCAAGAUCAAUUGGUCACAGCUACACAUUCAUUGAUUGAUGAGAGAAAAGUAUAUAAAGUGUUUGAGGUGCCUUCGAAAAUUGUCAUAAUCAUCUGGGAAAUUGAGAAAAAAAUUGUGAAAUUGAUCAUGACAUUAGAGGCAUCAGGGACUGGGUGACUUCCCACUUAAGCUAAACAAUUUCCUGUUGAAAGUCCUGAAUGCAUAUAUACAUAUUUAUAGCAAAUGUAUUUACCAGAUGAUUCUUUCCACCCCAGAUUAGCAGUUUGGCCCAAAAUGAUGAAAAUUACAAUAUGAUAGCAAUGUUUUGCUUAUUUGUGCUUGAAAUGUGUUGACUCAAAUCAAGGGUACAUUUUUUUUAAACCACAAUUCAUGGUCCUCAUGUAUUGGAUUGCAAUAUGUACUGCUGUAGCUCAACACACAGUUUUGCACUUUCAAGAAACUGCAGGAUUAUAAUAACAUGGACCACAAUCUGUGUUGGCUACUUUUAAUGGACUCGUGUGGUAUUUUAGCUUGUUGAAUCCAGUUUGAACUAUUGUGGUACCACAGAAAUGCUCUCUUAUUCCUCUUGAUGACUCCUUUUGUUUUAACGAGUCAAGAAAACAGUAGAAUAUGAAAUUACACGUGACCUUCCUCAGACCAAACACCGUCAGGCCCAUUUUUUUAGCUGUCAAAUCAGUUGCAGGUACUUAAGACACUUCCCAACUCACUGUAUCUUGCGAGGCAGGUGAUGUAUCAGUACUUCUAAUAUAUUUUGUUCACUUCAGGGUGUAAUACUGAACCGUGUCUCUAUAAGCAUUGAUGAUCACGUAAAAUCUGCCUGAACGUAUUAUCCAGGGAAAAAAAAAACAACCCAACAUGUUUGUCCAAGCUCGCUCCAUCAAAAAGGGAAUUCAUGUUUGUGCUGUUCUUUGUGUCGUAGCAGUUUACAGUACUAAAUUUAAUAUUGCGUAUUUGCACCCAAAAUGGCAAAAAAAAAAUCCAACAGUGUGGAAAAUACCUCAGGGAGAAGGGGUGUCCUUUAAAAACAUGUACUGUGGACCGAGAACACUCGCAGCUGUGUCACAUGACCUAUAACUCAGGAAACAAAACUAACAGCAUAAACUGCUCCUGUUUUUUGUGGUCGUAUUGUUAUGACUUUUCAAUAAAUUCUGUGACAUCACUGUUUUGCUGUCCAUAAAGGUUUCGGUUUGUUUUGUUUUUUUAAAUAAAAACCUUCCAUCUUG